UCGUCCACCCGGCGGGGGCAGGGAGAGGCGCAGGCGGCGCAUGGAAGGGCUGGACGCUCGUUUCCGUUCGUGGGGGCGGAGGGCGCCCGGCGGGCGGGAUCGGGCGCAAGAGCGGGGCUGGCCCUUUAAACAAUCUGCGCAGUCAUCGUCCGCACCGCCAGGAUUGCCAAGUCACUGGGUUCAACUCAGUUCUCUCGGCCACGCCCCUCGGGGGGCCUGAUUGGCCUGCGGCCGAGGACAGCUCCACUUCCGAUUGGGUCUCGCACUUUGCAACAACUUCUCGGAAUCUUGCCUACGUCACCGAAGUGGAAUUCUUAAAGCUGCACUGCGCGCGAGUGGGGGUGGUGUGGAAUUUUUCCUAGUGCAGGAGGGGAGGCCUCCGGAGGCGUGCUCGUGCCCCGCUCGGCUCUCUGGGCCGCGCUGCGCGUCUCGGGAGGCCACGGCAGCGCUCUGCGGGUCAGGAGGCGUCUGCGAGAACCGGGAGAAUCUCGCCCCUUUAAGACCCCUCCCGAAUGGAAGAAAAUGCCAACUCACAGUGGCGCUUAGCAUGACGGGAGGGCGCAGGCGGGGACGAAACUACAUUUCCCAGCAGCGUGCCAGGGAAAGGAAAGGGCUCCCUACCUCGGGUCGGACUGGCGGCUCUUGCCAAGCCCCCGCCCGGCGCCCGGCACGUCAAUCAGCCCGACCGUUUUCGCGCAUUGGUCGCUUUCACGAGGGGGGCAGGGCGGAACCGCCUCCGCCUCGGCCCAUUGGUCUGCUCGGCCGCCAAUCCGAGGGCGGAGCGGCCGGGCGGCGAUUGGGCGGCAGGCGAGGUGGCCAGCUGAUCAGAGGCAGCGGCAGCCGCCUGGCGGUCCGGCCCCUUUGGCUACCCACAGCAGUUCUUCAGUGGCACGCUUUACGUCCCCUCCAACAACUAAAGCUGCCAGUUGAAGAACUGUUGGUUGUAGCUGCACUCGCCCAGGGCCGGCCGCCCGCCCUACAGAUGGAUGGAUGGAUACAGCCCCGGGUCCCUGACAGACAGAAUUUGAGAAGUGACCUGUCCAGCUGGAAGGAAUCGGAGGUGACCUUGAAUGGGCCAUGGGUCUGACACCACCACCCCAGCUAUGUUUCCCAGUCUUGAAGAUGCAUGGACUUCAACAUGGCUGGCUGGGGUAUUCUGGGAGUUAAAAGUUCACAUCACUUAAAGUUGCCAGGUUGGGAAGCACUGCCUUAGUGUCUUGAAGCUGGAGCAAAGCCAAAAGCCUGCUGGUGGUCAGUGGCCCCCAGCUCAAGUUUCAGAAGAAAGAGACUAAAGUCACAA